GGUGUUAUGUACACGUGCGUCGUGUAGAAUGUUUAUGUUUGUCAACGUCGUAGGAGGGCGAUGCGUGAUAGAAAGAAAACUGGCGAUUUUUGUUAUUGUGGGAUGUGACUGACGGUGUUCAAGAAUGUCGCGUUUAGUAGUAAAGAACCUUCCACAGAGUGUCACAGAAGAGAAGAUAAGGAAAAUAUUUAGUGAAAAGGGUGUAAUUACUGAUGUGCAACUGAAAUAUACAAAAGAUGGAAAAUUUCGCCGUUUUGGGUUUAUUGGCUAUAAAACAGAAGAGGAAGCUCUGAGAGCAUUAGAAUAUUUCAAUAAUACUUGUAUCAAUGCUUCAAGGAUAAAAGUGGAGAUCUGUGCUGGCUUAGGUGAUCCAACAAAACCAAAAGCAUGGAGCAAGUAUUCAUUUGAUAGUUCUGCAUAUAAGAAAAGUCAUGAGACAACAGAUGCUGUGAAUGAAGAUGGCAAGGAAAAAAGUAACUCAGGCAAAAAACCAAGAGACAACAUAAUCAAGGAAGUGCUUGAUAAGCAUAAAGAUGAUCCACUAUUUGCUGAAUUUAUGGAAGUACGUGCAAAAACAUCUAAGAUACCAUGGAAUAAUGAUAUUCUCAUUUCUAAACCUGAGAAUGAAAGAACACUUGCUAUCCAUGACAGCAAACAUUCAGAUGAUUCCGGCAAUGAAAGUGAAGGUGAAGAACAGCAAUCAGAGGAUGUGAAAACUUUGAGUAACAAUGACAGUGUGGCAAAGAAGAAUAUAUCUGAUCUUGAGUACCUGAAGCUGAAGACAGUGAAAAAUGAUGACCAUACAGAUGUUCCACCAUCUGGAGAUAUUCUGCAAAAGAAGAAGAAUGACAAACCACUUCAAAAAUUCUUUACUGUCAAAGUCCGUGGGUUGGCCAUCAGUGCUAAAAAGAAAGACAUAAAACAGUUCUUUCAUCCAUUGAAGCCAAAAUCAAUCAGAAUUCCUGUCAAAAUAAAAGGAAUAGCAUAUGUCUGUUUCAAAACAGAAAAGGAAAUGAAGCAGGCUUUAGUAAAAAACAAGAGCUUUCUGGCUGGUCGAAGAAUAUGGGUUCUGAAAUACAUUUCAAAAUCUGAAGAAAGAGCUGAAGAAAAUCUGCAUGAGAAUAAAUGGAAGGAGCAAGAAAAUACCUUGAAAAAUGAAGAAACAAUUGCUGAAUCAGGGAGAAUAUUUAUCAGAAAUCUUUCAUACACUGUCACAGAAGAUGAUAUUGAAAAAUUAUUCAGUAAAUACGGACCUCUUACGGAAGUUGUUAUGCCUGUUGACAGGCUUACCAGAAAAACAAAAGGGUUUGCAGUAGUGACUUUCUUGAUGCCUGAACAUGCAGCUAAAGCGUAUACGGAACUGGAUGGAUCUGUUUUUCACGGCAGAAUGCUACACUUACUACCAGGAAAAGCAAAAAAGACUUUGGAAGAGAUGUUACAAAUGGAGGGCCUUACCUUCAAGCAGAAAAAGAUGUUGAAAAUGAAGGCAGAAGCAGCAUCUUCACACAACUGGAAUACUUUAUUUUUGGGUCAGAAUGCUGUAGCUGAUGUUAUAGCAGACACAUACAACACUACAAAAGACAAGGUCUUGGAUCCAAGAGGACCUGAAAGUUUAGCUGUCCGUCUUGCUUUGGGAGAAACACAGAUAGUGACAGAGACAAGAGAUUUCCUAAUUGAAAAUGGUGUUCAUCUUGAUGCUUUUAACCAGGCCCCGAAAGCGAGAUCCAAGACUGUAAUUUUAGCUAAGAAUUUGCCUGCAAAGACAAGCUUACAAGAAAUCAAAAAUCUAUUCAGUAAAUAUGGAGAGCUGGGAAGAGUGAUUUUACCACCAAGUGGAGUUACAGCAAUUAUUGAAUUCUUGGAGCCUUCAGAAGCACGAACAGCUUUCAUGAAGUUAGCAUACACAAAAUUUAAGCAUCUCCCUCUUUAUUUAGAGUGGGCUCCCUCAGAUGCUCUGAAGGAAGCACAAAUGAAAAAAGAUGAUUCAGUACAUCAAGCAGUGAAUGAAGAAGAGAGUAAGGGGGAAAACAGCAUUUGUGUUGCAACCAAAACUGUGAAAGAGAGUGAUAAACUGACUAAAAAGUCUGAUUUUGCAAAGGAAACUGAUGAGUGUGAGGAGGAUGAUGAACCUCCUGAACAGGAUACAGUCUUGUUCAUUAAAGGUCUUAAUUUCAACUCAAGGGAAAAAGAUGUGAUAGAGCAUUUCAGACAUUGUGGUCCAGUACAUUAUGUGACAAUUGCAAUGAAAAAAGAUCCAAAAAGCCCAGGGAAGAUGCUAUCAAUGGGAUAUGGCUUUAUUCAGUUUAAGCAUAAGGAAAGUGCCGAUAAAGCCUUAAAGACACUCCAGCAUUCUGUUAUUGAUGGCCAUAGCAUUGAACUGAAGCGUUCAAACAGGACACUAAAAAAUGAAGUUGUUACAGCCAGGAAGAAAACUAAAAUUGGAAAGCAAACUGGAACAAAAAUCUUGGUUCGCAAUGUUCCUUUUCAAGCUACGAAGAAGGAAAUCUUUGAUCUCUUCAAGACUUUUGGUGAACUUAAGGCUGUCCGUCUUCCUAAAAAGAUGGUAGGCACUGGACAACACAGAGGUUUUGCAUUUAUUGACUAUCACACAAAGCAUGAUGCAAAGAGAGCAUUUAAGACACUUUGUCAGAGCACACAUUUAUAUGGUCGACGACUUGUGCUGGAGUGGGCAGAAACUGAGGAGAAUGUUGAUGAACUAAGGAAGAGAACUGCUGAGCAUUUCCUAGAUGAGCUGCCUAGCAAGAAUCUAAGGAAAAGUACAGUUUCAAUUGAAGAAAUGGAAAAUAGCUGAGGAAUGAAAACUAGUUUUCAAUAUAGGUAGUGGAAAUGUGACAUAGGUAGUGGAUGACAUCAUGGAUUGAAAAUGUGCUUUGUAUUCAGUCACUGAGUAAAUCGGUGAAUUCUUUCAGUUAAUUUUAUACAAUCUGCAUGUAAAUUAAGUAAAAAUAUUCAAUACUUUGUACAAAUAUAUUAUUUCUCUAUGAAA